UAAAUAUCAAAACAGUACUUCGUUAGCAGUAUUAUUAUUUCAGUAUUAAAACGUAUUGUGCAUAGUUUGUUCUUGCCUUUCAACUAAUUCCAUAACAGCCUUCCCAUACACAGGUGUUUGAAACAAACGCGUAUGUUUUGCAUGUACUUAUGUACGUUUAUACAUCGUACAUCAACGUUAUUUUUUAUGUUAAUAAUCGAGUUGACACCUUAUAAAAAAGACUUAUAAAAACAAAAAAAUGUCUUCGGCUAUAUAUUUGGAGAACUACCUGGACGGUUUAGAGUCGCUACCAACUGAAUUGGAACGUAAUUUCAAGCUAAUGCGAAAGUUGGACGAUCGGGCGCAGACUGCUAUGCAGAGCAUCGAUAGCCACGCAAAAGACUUUAUGCGCAAGCUGGCAGCAGAGAAUGGUGCCAUAAGCGAGGAAGAGCGCAAGGAGAGAUUGGAGGAUAUCAAAGCCUUGUUCGGCAAGGCCAAGGAAUACAGUGAUGAUAAGGUCCAACUGGCAAUCCAAACGUAUGAACUGGUGGACAAGCAAAUCAGACGUUUGGAUAAUGAUUUGGCGCGCUUUGAGGGUGAAAUCCAGGAGAAGGCUUCAUCAACGCGCGCUAAAUCCGAGGAGGCAGUGGCCAAAAAGGGUCGAAAGAAGACCAAAGAUGGCAAAGCAACGGUGAAGAAAAAGAGGAGUGCUUCUUCGGAUGAAGAAACCGGGCGCGGUGGCAAUCAAUCAACACACGCCAGCACCAACACCUCGUCCGUUGGCGGCAGUGGUCAAGGUACCAAAAAGAAAAAGUCGAAGGUAAAUCAAGAAAAAGAGACGCGCAAAAGUGGCGCCCAAAAGAAAUCCGUUGAUCCCGAUGAUUCGGAAAAGGAAUCCUGCCACACGGCCGCCACACAUCCUAGCGAUGUAAUGGACAUGCCUGUUGAUCCAAAUGAGCCCACAUACUGCCUUUGCCAUCAGGUCUCGUACGGCGAGAUGAUUGGCUGCGAUAAUCCAGAUUGUCCAAUCGAAUGGUUUCAUUUUGCCUGCGUUGGACUCACCACAAAGCCAAAGGGCAAAUGGUUCUGUCCCAAAUGUACACAAGAUCGUAAAAAGAAGUAAUUUAUAUGACUACAGAAUUAAGCUAGCAGUAAAUAUUUUAAAUAAAUUAUAUAAACACAA